GCUCGUCGGUCGCAAGCAACUGGUCGUUCCUGGCUGGAGAUUUCGCGCGGUUCGGUCGUUGUCCUGGUUCGUUACCAAUACUGAUGGUACUUCUACCACCACCACUAUAGUUCUGUAGUUGACCCCCGGGGGUAGUUUGGAGCUUAACCUGCAUAAUAAUAACAGUAUCAACAGCAGCAGUCUGGCUCGAAUAGGUUGAAGGAGCUUGCAGUGAGUGUUUGCAAUCAGACGUGGUGUGGUUUGGGAAGGGAAAUUUCCCCGCUCAAUCGUCUAGUGUGCUGCCUCAGUGAGAAAGUAAGAGUGGCUGUUUCGGGAUAAUUUACUGUUCUAGGGCGGCAAAACUGGCGAUGUUCUAACAAGUGAAAUUGUAUUACUGAUUAUUUAACAUUAUCUGCAAUAAUUCAACUUAAAGUGCCGUGUACAAGAAACACAUUUUGGUUGAACAGCAACGUGUUCCAGUACAAGUUGACACGUAACAAUCUGCGAAACGUUCCUAGUAAGCUACGUGAGCCGUUGCCGGAAAGAUCGGCACGAUAAAAUAGGGCUUUGUGACACACCUGUACCACUACCACCGCAAUGCAAUAACGCUGUUCGUUCAUCAUCAUCGUCGUUGCUAUCAUCGUCUUCAUAAUGUUCAUCGCACCUUUUUGUCUACAGGAUAUCGAACACGGAGAGGAGCCCACAGUGCAAUGAAACACCCACUCGCUGUUAUCGGGAAAUGUUGUUGGUGCUAAUGAUGGAGCAGUCUGCUAGGACAUAAACCUCCUUAUCUUGAAAGUUGCUGGGGGCCGGCUGAUAUCGCGCCUGAACGGUUGUAACGUCACCAUGUCCUAGAUAAGGGCUGUUGAAAUUGUUCAUUUUUCAUUCUGUUCUACAACAUCGUUCGGAGAUUAAUCACGGAGGUACUUGAGAUUAAUACCAAAUGAGGAAGGGAGCUAUCUGUACGAUAAAAAGCAGAAUAAUUCUCCCGUAAAGAUGCCCCCAUGAGAAGUGUUUGAGUCUGCUGAAGAGCUAUACAGUGAUAAGCGAAGAAAAAAACGGAAAAUAGAAGCAGCAGUGAAAUAUCUCCGCAUAGGGGAAAAAAUAUAAAUGGUCAAUGUGCGUGUGUGUUAGAGUUUUUUCUACGCUUUAAUGUGUUCCUCAUUGUUGUGAUCCCACCGGAGCCUAAGGGGUAGUAUUCAAACCUUUCCCACUGAACACAGAAGAACAAAGAGAAAAACGUACUUUCCAAACUGGUACUAAAAACAACCACAGCAAAGUCUGCAUAAGUUAGAGUAGCGUCAGUAAAAAAGCCGUACCAUGGAUGGAACCAUCACAACGACAACGGAAACUAACCCGGCGGGCACUGCCAACCUGCCGACCUCGACCGUACUCCUGCCGGAUGAUGUGCUCGAGAAGCUCUACCAAAGCUACGCACUCAAGCAGAAACGCGUCGCUUUCGGGUGCUAUCUGGCGGCCUCGAUGCUGUUUGAUUUAUGGGCCAUCCUGGUACCACAAGGACAGAGCUGGGAGGCCAUAGUGAUACUGAGCGUGUUCCUGGGGCUGAACAUCAUCCUAGCGGUGGUGUUGCGUUUCGGUGGGAAGGGCCGCUUCCGGGGCUUCAUCUGGGAGGUGGCACCGCACGCGGCCUGGCUGCUAGCAAUCAUGCAGCUCUUCCUGCAGCUGUUCCUGAAAGGAUCCGUUACACCGAGGGAUUCGCUCGGAUGGGCUGUGCUCCUUAAUUUUUUAGUGUACGUUACCUUACCUGUGCUGCUCAAGUACACCGGCAUCCUGCUGGGACUCGGGUCAUUCGCUACCUAUAUCAACGCCAUCAUUGGGUUGGCCAAGAAGGAAAACUAUUUUUGGGAGCAGCAAAUUGCAAACAUCCUCUUGUUGGGGGCAGCGACAGUCAUCGGUUUGCUAAACUACUUUUUGGCUGAAGCGAAACAACGAAGAGCUUUUCUCGAAGCGAAACAAGGCCUAGAGGUGAAGAUGCUGAUCGAGGAACAGUCAGCCGAACAGGAACGAUUACUUCUCUCGGUUCUGCCAGAACACGUCGCAGUGAAAAUGCGUCAAGAUCUCGGAUCAACCAACUCGGAACAAUUCAAGAAAAUCUACAUGAGUCGUCAUGAAAACGUCAGUAUUCUGUAUGCUGAUAUCGUUGGUUUUACCGCCAUCUCGUCUACUUACUCAGCCCAGGACCUGGUUAAAAUUUUGAACGAACUUUUCGCGCGAUUCGAUCGUUUGGCAGAGAAAUACCAGCAAUUAAGGAUAAAGAUCCUGGGCGAUUGCUACUACUGCAUCAGUGGAGCACCCGUAGAACGGCCAGACCAUGCCGUACUCUGUGUCCACAUGGGUCUGUCGAUGGUGAAAGCUAUCAAAUAUGUUCAACAGAAGACAAAUUCUCCCGUUGACAUGAGAGUCGGAAUCCACACGGGGGCCGUUCUGGCGGGAAUUCUCGGGCAACGUCAAUGGCAAUUCGACGUCUAUUCUAAGGAUGUUGAACUCGCCAACAAAAUGGAAUCCAGCGGAAAAGCCGGUCGAGUUCACUUGUCGGAAAAAACGCUGAGCUUUCUAAAUGGAGAAUUUGAGGUUGAACCGGCAUUCGGCGAGAAGCGUGAGGAAGCACUGCGGAUAGCUGGACUGAAGACGUAUUUUAUCUCCAAAGUACUCAAACCGUUCUGCCCCGCUGAACACCGAAUGAAUGGCUCCGCAGAUCCUAAAGAUGUCGUUAUCGAACCUGACGGGCCGUCGGAGGUGUUUCGCGACGAUGAAGAACCUAAACCUCCGGCAGAUGACGCUGAAGCCAACGCCGGUUUGGACGAGAAGGAAAAAGAAUUAGCCGCCGAGGACUACAAAGUGCGCCUCCGGAAGGAGCUUGUUAGCCGCGAUGGCCACCAAGAAAUCUACAAGGACAUAAACGCACUGCUGUGGUUCAAAAAUGACGAUAUCGAACAGGCCUAUACACAAUACCGGCAGCCGCACAGCUCUAUUCCGCUGCUGGCAGCAUUCGUCGUGCAACUUGUCGCGAUCGUUUUCUCUACCCUGGUGCUUCCGCGUACAUCGUUUCACUUCGAGAUAGUCAUCCCACCGCUAGUGAUAAUCGUCAUUCUCGUGUUCAUAUCGGUGGCCGAAAGUUUCCCCAAGAUGCUGCCAGCAUUUGUCACGUUGAACAGUAAACGAUUCAACGACUCUGUUGGUUUACGCACAUCAACGGCAAUAGUAAUCGUGCUGCUGUUAGGAAUAUCCAAUGUUACCGAUAUGCUGGCUGCUUCCAGGCGGACACCACUGCACCUGAACGUCACCAACGCGUCCUUCCUGUCGAGCGAGAUGCACCCGUCGACGAUUUGUUUGUUUCCGUCAUACUUCAGCAACUUCGCCGUGCUGAUCCUGGUUGCCGUUUCCAUCAUCACGCAGCUGUCGCAUCUAAGCAAAAUUGCAUUAAUGGUCGCCAUCGCCGCAAUUCAUUGUUACAUCAACAUAUUUCAUCUGGAUGAGGCAUUCCGGAACGAGGAUUUUGAGAUAAUGAAUGUAUUUCCCUUGCGAUACACUCUAUCGGCGUUGUUGAUGGCGGUAACGAUAGCACUUUCGCUUCUGGCACGGCAUAUCGAUAAGGUUGACCGGGUGAUUUUCAUGUGGAAAACCGAAGUCAGUGACCAGAAGGAACGGGCCAGCGACAUGCGCCGGCGGAAUGAGGCCCUUGUGUACAACGUUCUGCCGAUGCACGUGGCGGAGCAUUUCAUGGGCAACCGAAAGCGAUCGCACGACGAUUUGUACUCUCAGAGCUACGCCGAGGUGGGAGUCCUGUUUGCCAGCAUGCCAAAUUUUUCAGACUUUUACUCGGAGGAAACGGUCAACAAUCAGGGGUUGGAGUGUUUACGUUUCCUAAACGAAGUGAUAUCGGACUUUGAUGCGCUCCUCGAAUUGCCUCAAUUCCAAGAUGUAAUCAAAAUUAAGACAAUCGGGUCGACCUACAUGGCAGCUAGCGGACUAAAUCCGUCACGAAUCGUCAAACCGGAGGACUCCAUUUCGGUACGAUGGGCACACUUAGCACUACUUGUCGAAUUUGCCCUGGAACUGAAAAAGGCACUCCAGGGAAUCAAUGAACAAUCAUUCAAUCAUUUUGUGCUAAAGAUGGGUGUUAACCAUGGUCCAAUAACGGCAGGAGUUAUUGGUGCCCGUAAACCGCAUUACGAUAUAUGGGGCAACACAGUUAACGUAGCGUCUCGAAUGGAAAGUACUGGAAAAGCGGGAGCGAUUCAGGUUACGGAAGAAACCUGCCAUAUUCUACAAACAUUCGGCUACACUUUCGAGCAGCGAGGGUUAGUAGCAGUUAAGGGUAAGGGUCAGCUGAUGACUUACUAUCUGCAGGGAAAAAUCCCGAAAAAUGCUUCCCCAAUACUUCCGGUGACCACGAUGGAAACAGUCCAGGAAGUCGACGAACCCAAAGAAUCUCCACCGGCACUAGCUAUCGAAUCACCUGCUCACCAAAUCACGUCGGUGUCUUCCAGCACCACCAGCCCGAACAGCGUUCGCCUCAACCAAGAAUACGUUGAGAUGAAGGUAAGCAGUACAUCGAAUACGGUAACUUCGAAUGAACACCACCAACAACAGCCUGCAGAACAGCAGCAACCGUUACAGACUAACAGUACCACCGUGGUGAAUGCGAGUGACCUAAUAUCGAACAGCAGUGGUGUGACGGUGCUCUUCAAUGGGGAAACCGAAGAGGCGGAUGCGAAAACGCCACUCCUUGAUGAUAAGAAUAGCACCAACGCAAAUCAUUUUAGCGAAGGAGAGAAAGAUGCUCUAAUAGAGGUUAGCAAUUAGAAGGCUUUUGCGGGUAAACCAUAGGCAAAUAAGACGAGACCCAAUCAGGACAUUUUGGUCACCGAGGAUAGUUAGUUGCACAUAUUUAACAAUCUUUAAAGUUUUUUUUUAUUUACUCUGUAGAUGCAGACAAUACAAAAUACUCAUUAUGCUAAUUUCGGUAUUCAGAAUCUAGCCAGUACGAUAAUUUGCUUUUUAGAGAUAUUAAAAUUAGUCUAAAAUUUCAUUAGUUUUGGUGCACGGGAACUAUUUUGAAUCAAUUUCGAAAAACUUAAUAAUUUCACGUAUUGAUAUCCCUAACUUGUUUUUACUAUCGGUCAAGCUGUCAACCUGUGAGCUAACUACCAAGCAGUCCAAUUUCCAAAAACUUUCAAAAUGGAUAUGGAUAAAAAAUAUGACGAAUGAAUAAAAAAUAACAUGUGUUUCUAAAUUAAAAACCCACCCAGCAUGAGAAAUUGCUUGCCAAGCACCCAGCUUUGCUGACAGUGCUUAUUUGAGCUUUCUCAUAACUUUUUUUUUCAAAUAUUUAAGCAACCAUUAUCGCAUCCAUAAAACUUAAUCUACUUACUCUCCACUGACCACCGAUAUUAAAAAUGUUUGUAACGUUACUGUUAAGUUCUUAUAAUCAUCCUUAUUAAACUUUGAACUACACAUAGCCAGUGUUGUCCUACACUCAAGGCAAACAAUUCUGCUCUUUGAUUUUACUCCAUGUAAACGAUUUUAUAGUCUCAACUAAGUAAGUUUAACUAAUAGAAGGAUAUUUGAAUUUUCUAAAUGUCAUGGCAAACUGUGAAAAAAAUGCACUUCAGAGCCACAGGAGCGCGCGCGCUGAAAAUACACUCCAGUGAAAACAC